AUGCGCCUAAGUCCUAUCCAGCAAUUUCGUGAUAUGCGAAAAUAUACGAAAAACCCGAACAAAGUAAAAUUUGAAGAACUGUUACCAUUAAAGUUAAAAAACAGUGUUUCUGGCAAAGGAGACCGAUCUAAGGAACGCGCUUGUGUACAUGAAAUGACUAUUAUGUUUGCAUGUUUCAAGAAAAACGAAUUUGACCAAGGUGUGUGCUUGGAUGAAAUAUCUAAAUUUCAAACCUGUGCCAAAAAGCAUCAAGUGGAUAAACACACAAGAAAGAUAGCCAUGCAAGAAGGAACUAUUUCUACAGGACAAUACAAUCUUACCCCUAGAGAAAUAAAUCACCUAUUAAAAAAAUUCCCUAAUCCUUAA